UAGACUAAUAUCUAUCCCAUGUAAACACUAUUCAUUUCUUCAAGUUUUCAAACUCAUUUCUCUCUCUUUUUCUCGGGAAGCUAGCUAGUUGUGAGCUUUGAGCUCUGCUGCUUUUACUUUACUACCUUCACUUUGGAUCUGUUAAAAUGGACUACUCUUCCACAUCUCUGCUUACAUUCAAUCUAAUCUAGAUUAUUUAUAUAUUACACAUUUACACCUCUUUUCUUACAUCAACCUCCUUGUCCAAUCCAUCUUGCUCUCAACUUUCAACUUCUUUUUGCAAUGUCCAUGUAGUGCAUCAACAUAUUUACAUUUCCCUUAGCAAUCUUUGCUCAGUUUGUUAAGUGGUUCACCAGGAUACAUAAUCACCAAGAAGAAGACAAAACAAAGCAAUGGCUCCGGGGAAUAAUAACAACAGCAAUAGUAACAGUAAUUGGCUUUCAUUCUCACUGUCUCCUGUGGAUAUGCUCAGAACUUCUCAACCCCCUCAACACCACCACUCUCCUCCUCCUCAGCCUCACCACUACUACAACUUCGAUCAUUUCUAUUCCCCCGCAAACGGUUGGUCUAAUCCCAAAGUCGAAGUAAUGUAUUCAGAAACACCGAACCAGUAUCUCCAUCUCAAUCAACAACAGACUCAAUUGCUCCGAGAUCACAGCGAUUCGACGUCGAUUUUCUCGGCGUUCGAGACGAAUCCGCCGCCGAAGCUCGAGGACUUUCUCGGAGGCGACUCGUACAUUCACCACCACUACACCGAGUCACAGACUGACGCAACUCAGGAUGACUCGUCCUCGCUGACUCACAUCUAUGACAACUCAGAUCUCAAGAGCUUUGCUGCGAACUUCCAGGCUUUUUCGACGAACUCGGGCUCUGAAGUUGAUGACUCGGCCUCUGCUCAGUUCCAGCCGAGUCAGUCCACUGAGUCACGCAACGAGUUGGUGGUGUAUAACAACUCCGGAGGCGUGUUGUCACUCGGAGUUAAUAAUAAUAAUAAUAAUAAGAAAAAUGAAAAUAAUGAGAAGGCUAUCGUAGCAGUGGGAGAUGCAAAUAAUUGUAAGAAGAUUGCUGAUACUUUUGGGCAGAGAACUUCUAUUUACAGAGGUGUUACUAGACACAGGUGGACGGGAAGAUACGAAGCGCAUCUAUGGGAUAACAGCUGUAGAAGAGAAGGUCAGGCUCGAAAAGGGCGUCAAGUGUAUCUAGGUGGAUAUGAUAAGGAAGAUAAAGCAGCAAGAGCUUAUGAUUUGGCUGCUUUGAAGUACUGGGGUCCUACUGCUACCACCAACUUUCCUGCGGCAACUUAUUGUAAAGAAAUGGAGGAGAUGAAGAAUGCUACUAAACAAGAGUUUAUUGCUUCUCUAAGAAGGAAAAGUAGUGGUUUCUCAAGGGGAGCAUCUAUAUACAGAGGUGUAACGAGGCAUCAUCAGCAAGGACGCUGGCAAGCAAGAAUUGGUCGUGUGGCAGGAAAUAAAGAUCUUUAUCUUGGAACCUUUGCUACUGAGGAAGAAGCAGCUGAGGCGUAUGACAUAGCCGCAAUCAAGUUCAGGGGUGUCAAUGCUGUAACUAAUUUCGAGAUGAACCGAUAUGAUGUGGAGGCUAUUAGUAAAAGUUCUCUUCCUGUUGGUGGCACAUCAAAGCGAUUAAAGCUCUCUCUGGACGCGGAACAGAAAUCAUCUUUCAGCAGUAGCCAGCAGCAACAAAGCAGCAGCAACAGUGAGAACAGCAUCAGCUUUGCUGCUAUUCAGCCAGCAUCUGCUAUACCAUAUGGGCUAUCAUUUGAUUCAGCAACUCCAAUGUAUCAUCAGAACCUCUUCCAUCAUCUCUACUCCGGUGCAAGCACUUCAGAAACCCCAGGUUCUCUCUCUUCAAUAGCAACUCCAACUUCCGUUCCUUUGUUGUCAUCACAGGAGUUCUACCUCUGGCCUCACCAGACCUAUUAACCCUGACAAGAUAGUUAGCUUCUUCAGCGGACACCAUCCAGCCUGGGCUCUUCGCUGGUUAAUUUAAAAACUGACCCCUCAACUCAUCUUUGUUAGCCGUUAGUAUUAGCAGGGCUGAGAAACCAGGAACUUAAGUCGGACAAUAGAGGUUUAGUUUGCUAGAGAAAAAAACAGAUGUAAAAAAUGGAAAAGCUUUACUUAAGAUUAGCUUGCUGGGAUGUAUCAAAUUUUAAAUUUUCUCGGAUACUUGCCCUGUUCGGAGGUGCUUAUAUAUUAAUUAUCAGCUUAUUUUC